CGCAUUGGUCGUACAAAAUUAUUAAAAUACUUAUUUGUAACAAAAGGAACGUUUGUUUAAUCAAAAAAGUAUAAUUAUUUAAUUACCGCUAGUUUAAGUAAGCUUAUUUCCAAGUCAAAUGGCGAUUCGCACCAAAGAUCAACUGGCAGUGCUCUUGAAGCUAAUUGAAGUCAACAAGGUAGGUUUAACACGCAGAAACUUGAGUAUCCGGCAAAGAAUAUGGCAGGUUAUAACACAAAAGCUCAACGAAAUGCAAGGUGCCGAGAAAGACGUUGAAGGUUGGAAGCGGAGCUACAAUUCUUGGCGUUUGAAUGCGGGUAAAUAUUACGAGGAAGAGAUUGAGCGGAUUAUAAAAGAUGUCGCGGAUGAUGACUAUUUCAUUAUAAAUGUAACAGAGGAUGAUAUGUCUAGUGAUACUACUUACGAUGAGACUGCCACUUACUUAGAUCCGAAAGACCGUCAGUUGACUCUACUACACGAACUUGUUAGUAAACAAAGGCUCUUAUUUAUCAACACCGCGGAAGAUGACGAACCACUGAGGCAGCGUCUCUGGCAAAAUAUAGCAGACGAGUUGAAUAAUAUACCAGACGGCGUUAAAUUGCCUAAGGAAGAGUGGCAAAAGCACGUUGAUUUGCGGCAAUAUACUGUGCCGCGUGGGAGGAAAAGAAAACACUUUCGAAAGCCACCAGCAAAAGAGAAAAACAACGAGCUCGAUGUUUCAGAAAAUGUCAAAAUACCUGCUUCAUACGAAAGCGCUUACGAAGAGUAUAUAGUUGAAGAUUUUCCAACUAUGGACAAACCAUCUACAACAAUAACAGAAGAUCAGCACAAACAAAAUGUUGUGCAUGUGAAUGACGUCCUUGCGGAAAUUGACGAUACCGAUGACAACACUGAUGAUAUUAUUAAUCUACUAAAUGCACAAGACGAUAGCAAUAAUAUUGGCGAACAUUUUCCUUUCGACAUUGACGAUGUCGAAGGAGACGAUUACCUUGACAAUGCGGAGAGUGUAAAUGAAGCAACAGCGACAUACGACGCAAGCAAAGACAAACGCGCCAGAGUGACACCAAUAGUGAAAUCCUUUAAAUUUUCAAAUCGUAUCGUAAACGGUGUGGAGCAAUUAAAGGAUGACGUCAAGGAAACAAAAGUUAUGCUCAAACAAACAACAAAUCUGCUGAAUCGUGUAUGCAAUAUUAUGGAAGAAAGUAAUAAGAAACAAGAUGAGACAAAUGCGCUGCUGAAGCGAAAUGGGCAAAUGCUGAAAAUUUUAGUGGAAUAUAAAUGUGGCAUGCGAAAAGUGAAAAAAUGAGCAAUUGAAGGAGAUUAAGUGGAAAAGUUAGAAGAAAAAAUUAAACCUUUAUAAAGUGUAUAUAUUACGUUGCAACAGCCUCGGUUUUUGACUUAAAUGUGUAUUGGAAAAGGUAGUUGGCAGCAGAAAACAUGACUUUUGUAAGAAAUUAGUAGGAGUUAAGAGAAAA